CUCCCCCUCUCCCUACCAGCUCGCUUCUUUCCAGUCACGCCGCCAUUUCUUGGGAAUCGACGUGGGAGCCACUGAGCCACUGUACUGACUGCUGCACAUCUCCAUGGUGGAGCACUCUAAACUCAACUACUCUCUACCCUCAAUCAGAUAUACUCUUCCUUCACCAACUCUCUCCAUUCUAACCCUCACUCUCUUCCAACCAACCACCGACACAUCUUGACUGAUUCCAACUAUCGCUGUCGCCUCCCUCUCCGCCCUCCCCUCCCACCUCUCUCCGCCCUUCCGCCCACUGCUCGGUCAGCAAAAUUAAAGAUACAACCACCCCCCGAAUACAUACAACCCACCCCUUUCGCCACGAUCACUCCUCGACUUCCUGUUGGACACGAAGGGACGAGGAGACACCCGGAUUUUCCCCCUGUACGCGGCCACACAUCACACAUAAUCCCCGAACAGACAGAGAAUCUUUGCGACGACCGACACAUCCACCAUCCCGACGCUCAUCGCGUCGCUGAAACAAAAUCCAUCGUGGCCCCCCGUAAAAGUCAUCGCGACGACUUCGACACCUCCCCCAUUUCAUCAGACGUUGUCUUCGGUCGCGAACUUCGUCACCCGCGAUGAAUAACAACGUGAACAUGGCCGCCCUGAACGCCAUGGGCGCUGGCGCCGUCGGUGGCGCCGUGCCCAUGAUGAACAACGGCGUCCCUGGAAACCAGCGCGCCUUGCCCGUGGACGACUCCCAGCAGAGGGCUCGCCUGAACACAUAUAUCUACGAAUACUUCAUCUGCAACGAGAUGUACGAUUGCGCCAGGGCUCUCAUCAAUAGCGAGCAGCCCGUCAACCUCCUCAAGGGGAGCCCCAACCAGCAGCGCGAUGCGAACGGGAACCCCGUCGAUGGCGCUGGGUCCGACGAUAUGGAGGACACCAAGGAGGGCAUCGAUAUGAAGAGGCCGGAUGACUUACCCGCCCCCAACCUACCUAGGGAAUCUUCCGAGAGUUGCUUCCUCUUCGAGUGGUGGAGCUUGUUUUGGGAUAUGUUCAACGCGCAGAGGGGCAAAUCCGAAUCGCAAAACGCGCAGCGCUAUGCAAACUACACACAAGCUCAAUCGAGGUUCAAGCAGGAGCAACAACAACAGAUGCUCCGCGCGAUGAGCCAGGGCGGGAUGAUGGGCAUGCGUGGCCAGCCAAAUGGCAUGGGGAUGGCCCCGAACGACCUUGCCCGCAAAGCUAUGCAGAAUAACAAUCGUAAUAUAACUCCCCAGCAACAAAUGCAGUUAAUCGCACAACAACAAGCGAAACAGAACCAGCAACUACAACAGCAGCAGAUGCAACGAGACGGCUCCGAUAUGGACGGCAACCGCCAGCAGAGGCCACAAUCACCCGGGUCCGCUGAGGGCGCGCCGUCGCCAUCGAAACGCCCCCGCCUCGAAAACGCGCCGUUCAACGCAGCCCAAGGAAUGAUGCCGAAUGGAAGGGGACAGGGUAUUCCGGGCCAGCAGGGUGCCGGUCCCGGUGGCAACGUCGCACCAAACGCGCAGAUGCUCCUUGCCAAUGGUAUCAACCCUGGCAACUUGACCGCGCAACAAUUCCAGAACUUCCCUGGCCAGGCGCAAGGCCCCAAGGCCUUGCAGCAGUACAACAACAACCUCGCCCAGCACCAGCAAAGCCAGAUGCCUAACAAGGGAAUGCCCAAUCCAAAUGGACCGCAAGGCCAGGGCUCUCCCAUGAUGCCGAACCAAGACGGCAAUAUUGCGGGCUACUACAACGCUGAGACGAGCGGCAUGCGACCGGGGGCUAACGUAGGGCCUAAUAAUGGCAGCCACGCCCUGCAAGAUUACCAGAUGCAGUUGAUGCUAUUGGAGCAGCAGAAUAAGAAGCGAUUGUUAAUGGCCCGACAAGAACAGGAUGGAUUGACGAAUAACCGUGAUGGGUCUGGUGGACCUGGACAAGGGGGACCGGGUGGACCUGGUGGACCUAAUGGACAAGCUUUCCAGGGAACGUCGCCGCAGGGAGCUCGAUCUGUUAACUCGCCAAAUCCGAAUGAUAUGAAGCGGGGGACACCGCAGAUGAACACGACGGGCGUGCCUUCGCCAGUGCCUGAAGGCCAGUCUCGCGGAUCUCCUGGCUCAAUGGGUUUCAUGCCCGGCAACAUCGACCCGAACAUGACACCUCACUUCUAUGGAAAGGUUAAUGGAAUGGAGGGAGGUAUGAUUGGUGGUGUGCCGAACGUGAUGCGUCCCCCGAGUUCGCAUCCUACUGCGUUCAAUGCCAAUGGCCAGCCCAACCAGCAGAUGAUCAACAUGCAACGGCAGCAGCAGCAACAGCAGCAGCAGCAGCAGGGCAAUGUCAACCAACAAGUCCAGGGAUGGCCUGCUGGGCCUAAUGGUACCCCUAUGAUGCAACAAGCAUCGCAACCAGGGGCGCCGACACCUCAGCCAGUUGGGACACCUCAGCAACGCGCCAUGCCACCGCCAUCUGCACCUGCUGUUGCUCAGGCAGCGAACGGCCGCACAACAACCUCUUCCCCACAACAGCCCGCGGCACCCCCCACUCCAUCCCAAACUACCAAGGCGAACCCCAAGGCAAAGAAGGAUACCAAGCCCAAGCGAAACACAAAGAAGGCAGCUCCCGCAGGGGUAACACCCGCCGCCGAGGGUGCCACGGAAGCGGCGACGCCUACACCCGCGACGCCGAUCACGCCCAUGCACGCCCAGAGCUUCAACAAGAACGGGCAGAACAACGGACAAGCGAACGGCCAGCCUGCAGCGCCGGCCGUCUCGCAACCCCCCGUCAUCACGCAGCCACAACCAGAGCCCGUGCAGAACGGCGUGUUCUCGAUGGACGACAGCAAUUUCAUGUCGGGCAUGUCGAUGGAUUUCGCAAACCCGACUGCGGGUGGUGGCGAUGUGCUGCAGGACUUUGACUUCGACUCGUUCCUUAAUAACAAUGACGAUAACCCGGAUAACUUCUCCUUCGACGCCACGUUCCUCGAUCAAGAAGUUAUUGCAGAGUAAACCCCCCCUCUGGCUCCGUCUCUCGUUGCUUUUAUAUCGAAAAAAGGGGGAGGGUUGCUACACACAACUCAUGCGCCCCCAACUCACCUCACCUCACACACUUAAAGGCGUUUAUCAUCACUCACUCACAUCACAUCACAUUACGCAAACUACCGACCAAUAUGGAGAUACCUGCGAAUAAAUGGCGUUUUCUCGUUCGUUCGUUGUAGUCAAAGUCACCAAACCGGUUAUACCACUCCUCUGUGCAUUAUUCACAUCAAUCAAACAUCUAUCAUCAUUGUUUUCAACUUGUUCACUAUUCUCCCCUUUUCCCAAUUAUUUCCUCAAUUAUCUUGGGUCCGGGAAGGGAGGCGCGCUGGGUCUUUUGCUUUUGCUUUUUCUUUUCUUUGGUUGGGGGGUUAUGGGGAAUUUCGCGCGGUUCUUAUUUUAGAGAAAGAAAAAGCUGAUAGUUCUUUUUUUGAUCAUCGUCAUCGUCGUCGUCGUUGUUGGUUGGGUCUUGGUCGUUCACUCACCCCACCUCCCCUCUUUUUUUUUUUUGGCUACAUACUGCCGCCGUUUGUCAAAAAGGGGGUUCGGAAAGUUCUUUCCGAUGUGGUUGGUUGGGGUCCCCCCCCUGGUCCCCUACUCUCGCUACGCGCUGUGGUGGACGGGGAAAAGAAUGCGCGGCUACGGUGGUGGUACGCAGACGCCCGAACCGAAAAAAAAAAUCGCGCAAGGAAAACAGCGGAUGGGGGGAGCGAGCGUGCUUGGGCUUGUUCGUGUUCUUGUUACGAGGUGUCUCGGGAGGGAGUGGGUAAGGAGACGAACAGGCAAGGGGGUGGGGAUCGUGCACAACCACUCUAUAUGCGUGUCUCACAGCGCAACGGAACGCACCACAACACUCUUGUCGCAGCGCACGAGCCUCGUCGACAGGCUGAAUCCAGUAGGGGAGGGUCGAAGUGGGGGGAAAAGAAGAGAGAGUGUUGAGAGUUGAGAGAGAAGGGGAUGGGAGAUGGGAGGGAGAUGGUGGGGUGGGGUAGGGAG